AAAUUAAAAUCCACCACCUUUGUUUCAGUUCGUUCCCAAUCAGUGAAAGCACCAGCUCAAAGGAAACGCUCUCAAGGACAACCUCCACCACGACCGAUUCACAGACCUCGUCUCAUCGAUGAACGCAAGUCCCGUGAGCAGACGACCGUACCAUCUUCCUCUACCUCAUCACACUCCCAAGGUGGAGAGGAUGGUAAGGUCCUCUCCUCAUCCUCCUUCUCCUCCUCCCCCUCCCCCCACUCUCCCUUCUCACAACCUCUUCCUGUAAACACCUCAAGUCUUCGUCAAGAUGUCUUUCGUGUCACCAUCUGUGUCUUCCACUCCAGUCUCCUCUUAGUUUCCUACAUAGCUUGGACUACUUUUCUAAUUCUCCUCCUACCUGCCUUCUGCAUAUCCUACUGCAUUCGACAAAUCGGCCUCCUUCUUGCCCAACAUCGACGAUCUAGCCUAGUUGAAACCUUGUCUUCCCUCUCACUACAUUACCUUCAUGGUGAAGAUGCAGGAAGGAACAUUGUGGUAGUCAUCUAUCUUGGUGCCCCUGGGAUUAAGAUUGCUGCAUUGAAGAAACUUCUGGUCAAGCGUAUUUUCUCCACUCCACGCACACCGAGUGGCACUCACCAACGACGAAAUUGUGGAUCUAAGGGUAUGGAGAGGUGGUUUGCUGAACGACUUCAGCAGAUUGUAGUGCCUCUACCGACUGGAUAUGCUUGGCAGAGAUGUUCAUCGAUUAAUAUUGACGAGCAUGUUGUGCCAGCGUAUCUCGUCGGACAGAACCGACCAAAUUACGGACGACGUCUUUCGCCAAAGAAACAUCCUCCAGAAGAAGAGGGCAUGGUGGAAUCAGACAAGGAUCCUGUUGAAAUGUUGGUGGGCCAAUUAGCUGCUGUUGGAAUUCCCCUUGACCGACCGCUUUGGCAGGUCCAUCUAGUUGAAGAUUACCAUGAUACAGUAAGUCGCAUUUAA